AUGUGCUCUCUGAGGGAGGAUUGGAACAAGCAAACGUUUCAGACGUAUAUCGGACCGGUGCUUAUCUCGGUGAACCCCUUCAAAGAAAUGCCAUAUUUCACAGAGAGAGAAAUGCAGAUAUAUCAAGGAGCUGCACAAUAUGAGAAUCCACCACAUAUUUAUGCAUUGGCAGAUAGUAUGUUCAGGAAUAUGAUGAUUGAUAAUGAAAAUCAGUGUGUUAUAAUCAGCGGUGAGAGUGGAGCUGGUAAGACCGUGGAUGCGAAGUUCAUUAUGAGUUACAUAUCGCGAAUAUCAGGCGGAGGGCAACGGCACAUCAAAGAUGGAAUAUUGCAAUCAAAUCCUCUGCUGGAAUCUUUCGGUAACAGUGCAACGGUACGUAAUUGGAAUUCGAGUCGAUUUGGCAAAUAUGUUGAGAUCGUAUUCAGUAGAGGUGGGGAGCCGAUCGGUGGAAAGAUAUCCAACUUCUUGCUGGAAAAAUCGCGAGUCGUUUACCAGAAUCAAGGAGAACGCAACUUCCACAUAUUCUACCAACUCGUUGCUGGCGCUGAUGAGGCUUUGAGAAGUAAUCUUGGAAUAAGUUCAUUAGACUAUUACAAUUAUUUAAAUCAUAGUGGUUGCUACCAGAUCGAAGGCACAGAUGAUGCUAAGGAAUUUAAACAAACAUUACAUGCAAUGAGUGUUGUUGGAAUUAGUAAUGAAAAACAAAUGGAGGUUUUGCAAUUGGUUGCUGCGAUUAUGCACAUUGGCAAUAUCACAUUCACAGAGCAAAACAAUUACGCAGCUAUUCUUGAUGAACGUUUUCUUGAAUUCCCUGCGUUUCUGCUUGGUUUAUCAACGUCGGCAAUCAAAGAGAAAUUAACGAGUAGACAUAUGGAAGGUAAAUGGGGUCGACAAACCGAGCAAAUUGAAGUCACGUUGAAUGUUCAGCAGGCAGAAUUCACUCGCGACGCUUGGGUCAAGGAAUUGUACGCACGACUGUUCGACUUUCUCAUAUCGUCUGUGAACGAAGCAAUAAGGGUGGACAGUGGUGUGUCAGGAACUCCUUUCUCGAUUGGCAUUCUCGAUAUUUAUGGAUUCGAAAUUUUUGACAAUAAUGGAUUCGAACAGUUUUGUAUCAACUUCGUAAACGAAAAAUUACAACAGAUUUUCAUCGAGUUGACUUUGAAAGCCGAACAGGAAGAGUAUGUCAGUGAGGGUAUAAAGUGGCAAGAAAUUGAUUACUUUAACAAUAAGGUUGUAUGCGACCUUAUUGAAGCACGCAAACCACCUGGUAUAAUGUGCAUUCUGGAUGAUACAUGUUCACAAAUUCAUGGGCAGAAUGAAGGUGCCGAUAGCAAAUUCCUUAUGAAACUCAAUCAGCUACUCUCCACUAACGAACAUUAUCGUAACGGCGCUGAUUGUUUUGUAAUUAAGCAUUAUGCCGGCGAUGUUGUAUAUAAUGUCGACUGUUUCUGUGAAAAGAAUCGUGAUGUUCUCUAUCAAGAUCUCAUCUCUCUAAUGCAGCAUAGCGAACGUCCAUUCCUCGCUCACAUGUUCCCCGAUGUGAUUUCUUCAGGUGCAAAAACAAAACCAACGAGCUUCUCGUCAAAAAUUCGCACACAAGCCAAUGAUCUUGUUGAAUCUUUAACGAAAUGUGCGCCUCAUUAUGUUCGAUGCAUUAAACCAAAUGAAACAAAACGUCCACUCGAUUGGGAUGAUAAACGAGUGUUGCAUCAAGUGCAGUACUUGGGAUUGCGCGAAAAUAUUCGGGUACGUAGAGCCGGUUUUGCUUAUCGAAGAAAAUUUGAAAAGUUCAUUUACCGUUAUGCGAUCUUGUCGAAGGAAACGUGGCCAAAUUACCGCGGUGAUCCGAGAAAGGCAAUAGAGAUUAUCUGUCGUUCGGUAUGUAUGGAUACCGAUCAGUAUCAAUUGGGAAAGACGAAGGUUUUUAUUAAGAAUCCUGAAUCGCUUUUCCUCCUGGAAGAAACGCGCGAGCGAAUGUACGAUGGUUACGCGCGGACGAUUCAGAAGGCAUUCAGAAGAUUCAACGCGAGGAAACAGUACAUGAAAGUGAAGCAGGAAGCGUGCGAUUUGUUAUAUGGUCACAAAGAACGUCGUAGAUAUUCGUUGAAUAGAAAUUUCGUUGGCGAUUACAUUGGUCUUGAAUAUUGUCCAAUGUUACAAAUUCUCGCUGGAAAGAGAGAACGCAUCAUGUUUGCGGCUACAGUCAGUAAAUAUGACCGACGAUUCAGGGUUUCGAAGUUGGACUUGUUGGUGACAUCGAAGGAAAUUGUACUGAUUGGCCGCGAAGUCGUCAAGAAAGGGAACGAGAAGGGCAAAAUUGUUGAGGUGGUGAAACGCAGGAUUGGUUAUGGUGAGCUGUUGAGUGUCGGUCUCAGUCCUUAUCAAGACAACUUCUUUGUGCUCAAUGUUCGAAAUUCUCAUACGUCGCUUUUGGAGACACCGCUUAAAACAGAGUUUGUAACUGUUGUAAGCAAGCAAUAUUCUCAGUUCACAAAUGGUGCAGUUCUACAUCUGCUAUUUUGUAACUCUUAUCAAAUUAUUUUGAAAAAGACUCGUUUCGGCGGUGGCGUAAGAACAGUAACAUUUUCGAAUAAUCCAUCGUGCGGUGAUGGUAUCAACUUAGUGUCGAAAGGAAAAACACUUUUCGUUUCGGUUGGUCCUGGCUUAUCGAAUACAUCGAAACCAAGUGCUGAAAGACCAACCAUUCCCAACCAUAAACGAAUACCAACGAAAAGCACUCAGCCGCAUCGAGCGGCUCCUCAGCCGAUGCGAAAUCACCCACCUCCUGCCUCGUCCAAUCGAGUAUAUCCCCAACCAACAAAUGGAGUUAUUGAAAUGAAUAACAAUACUCUUCGUGACCAAACCGGAACACCGUCAGCGUUUGUUCAGCCUCAGCCACUCAGAAAACCAAAACCUCCGUUAAAGCCGAAGCCAAUGCCUUUGGUAGAGGCACUGUACCAGUAUGAUGCACAAGAUACUGAUGAGCUAUCAUUUCAAGUGGGUCAAAGGUUCGAAUUAAUCAAUAAAGACCCCUCGGGAUGGUGGCAAGGUCGAAUGCGUGACCGAACUGGUUUGUUUCCGUCCAACUAUGUGAAGGAAUUGUGA